AUGAAAACCCUGCCAGCAGGUACAAAAUCAAGCAAGGCGACAACCAAGGAUGAGAUCCCAAUCAUGUACAUGUCCUUAGUCUUGACUGAUGCGAAAACUCAUUACCACACUACUGAGAUGGAGUGUUUGGCCGUACUACGAUGUUUAGAGGAGGUGAGAUGGCUGGUCCAGGGGGUUCAGCACCCUGUCUGGUGGGACGAUAUCUUACCCGAGGCGUUUAAGAGGGAUCUAUCCAUAUUGAUUCCGGAUCUAGACUCAAUAAACACAACCAGCUCGCUGAUCGGGAUCCUGAUCCCGAGCCUUCAGUUAUUCAUCUCAGGCCAACCAGUCCGGUUGAGGAGUCUCAACCAACCAAGAAGCCCACCCCGGCCGAAACUAAUCUCCAAAUCCAAAUUGAACAAUGAAAAGCACCAACGAAUGGAAAUGUCAAUUCUGAAUUCUGUCGCCUUCACGAAUAAAAUGCUCAGUCGUGAAGUCCGGGCUCUCCGUCUACGAGUUGAAGGAUACGAAAACUUGAUUCAAUCCCAUCCAGACCUGGUUGCUCAAGCUCAAACCUGGAAACCCUUGCCAGAACUCACUCCCUAUUGA